GGUGCAGUCCUAACCUCUUUUCGAGUGGAUUGUUGGGAGUGGAGGAAUCGACACUUUUUGUUUUGGAAUAUCAAAAAUAAUUAGUGCGAGUAAGUGGCCGAAUUCAGCGUUUCCGGGAAAACUAAAUUUUCCUUUACGCUUCAAGUGCUUUACUUCUGCCGGAAAAGUUUAAGGAGCCAAGAUGAGUCGUUUCUUUGCCACUGCUUCGGACUCGGAGUCCGACACCUCCAGUGAGGAGGAGCAGGUUCAGCGCGCACCAGCAGCAGCUUUUACCUUCAGCGAUGAAGAAGAAGAAACCAAGCGUGUUGUUAGGUCAACCAAAGAGAAGAGAUACGAAGAGAUCACAAAUCUCAUCAAGUUGAUCAGAAAUUACAAGAAAAUCAAAGAUAUGAGCUGCAUGCUUAGCACGUUUGAGGACCUGAUGAGGGCCUACCAAAAGGCUUUACCUGUCAUCUCAAAGGAAGAAAGUGGACAGACUCCACGUUUCUACAUACGUUGCUUAGUUGAGAUGGAAGAUUUUAUCAAUGAAGUAUGGGAAGACAGAGAAGGACGUAAGAAUAUGUCAAAGAACAACUCCAAAUCAUUGACAUCCCUGCGUCAAAAACUGAGAAAAUAUAACAAAGACUUUGAAGAAGAAAUUGCCAAGUUCCGGGAAAAUCCAGACCAAGAUGAUGAUGAAGAAGAAGAGAAGGCUGAGCAAUCAGAUUCUGAUGAUGGCCGUGCCAAUGAAUUCAGAAAACAAGAACCCAGUGCACCAGACGCUUCUAAAUUCAAGAAAGGUGCUGAUGAUGAUGGAAGUGAGAGCGAUUCUGACUGGGGCAGUUCAUCCGACAGUGACAGUUCUAGCAGCUCCGACGAUGACAAGCCUCAGCACGUUGGUGCCGAUUAUUUCAGAAAAACUCAGAAGGAAGGAGUCGAUGAAGAAUCGAAACAAAUCAAAAAAGAACACCGCAAAGAUCGUAAGAAGGAGGAUAGGAAGAAGAAGCGCGAAGAAGACGAUGGCGAGGGCGAAUGGGAAACCGUCAAGGGAGGAGUUGCCAUCCCGUCAGAAAAGCCAAAAAUGUUCGCUAAAGAUGCCGAGAUCAACACCGGUGCAGUGUUGAAAAAAUUGAACGAAAUUAUUGCCGCUCGUGGUAAGAAGAGGACUGACAGACGAGAGCAAAUUGAACUGCUGCACGAGCUGCAAUCUAUUGCUGAAGCUCACAACCUUGGUGCUGCUGUCUCAGUCAAGAUAAAGUUCUCCAUAGUUUCUUCAAUCUUUGAUUACAACCCAAAAGUAUCUGAUGCAAUGAAACCAGAAUAUUGGUCCAAGCUUUUGGAGCGCAUCACAGAAAUGCUGAACCUUCUUUCGGCUACACCUGAUAUGACAAUUGCGGAUUCUAUUCCCGAGGACGAAGAAGAGUAUGAAAAAGCUCCUUUUAAGUUACACGGUUGUGUCCUUACUCUGGUGGAACGCUUGGAUGAGGAAUUCACGAAACUCCUUAAGGAAUGCGAUCCUCACAGCAAUGAAUAUGUAGAGAGGUUGAAGGAUGAGAAACAGGUAACCACUAUCAUUGACAAAGUCCAGGAGUACUUGGAGAGGAAAGGAUCAGUAUCAGAAUUGUGCCGUAUCUACCUCCGCAAGAUUGAGCACCUUUAUUAUAAAUUCGAUCCUACUGUGCUGAAGCAAAAAGACGGAGAAGUUCCUUCGGACGUUAUCACCUCUGUGAAAGUCAUGGAAAAGCUUUGUAAAUACGUUUACGCUCACGACGAUACCAACCGUCUGAGAACAAGAGCCAUCCUUUCGCACAUUUACCACCACGCUUUGCAUGACAACUGGUUCCAAGCCCGUGAUCUCAUGCUCAUGUCUCACUUGCAAGAGGCUAUCCAACAAUCUGAUCCGGCAACUCAGAUCCUGUACAAUCGUACGAUCGCUCAUCUUGGUCUCUGUGCAUUCCGUCACGCUAACAUCAAGGAUGCUCACGGCUGCCUUUUGGACUUAAUGAUGACCGGUAAGGUUAAAGAACUCUUGGCUCAAGGUCUCUUACCCCAGAGGCAACACGAGCGUAGCAAGGAGCAGGAGAAGAUCGAGAAGCAGCGCCAGAUGCCAUUCCACAUGCACAUCAACAACGAAUUGCUCGAAUGCGUGUACCUCGUCUCGGCUAUGCUCAUUGAAAUUCCUUACAUGGCUGCUCACGAAUUCGACGCCAGAAGGAGAAUGAUCUCAAAGACCUUUUACCAGCAACUGAGGUCGAGUGAGCGUCAGUCGCUCGUUGGUCCACCCGAAUCAAUGAGGGAGCACGUUGUUGCCGCAGCUAAGGCUAUGCGCAACGGCAACUGGGCCGCUUGCAAUAACUUUAUCAUCAAUGAGAAAAUGAACGCCAAGGUUUGGGAUUUGUUCUAUCAGGCCGAUAAGGUACGCGCUAUGCUGACCAAACUCAUCAAAGAGGAGGCUUUGAGGACGUACCUAUUCACGUAUUCCCACGUUUACGAUUCGAUAUCCAUGCCAACACUGGCCGAUAUGUUCCAACUGGAAAGACCCCUUGUUUAUUCCAUUAUCAGUAAAAUGAUCAUCAAUGAGGAACUCAUGGCAUCCCUGGAUGAUCCCACGGAAACGGUCGUAAUGCACCGUAGUGAGCCAAGUCGCCUACAAUCACUGGCGCUGCAAUUGACAGAUAAGGUCAAUAACUUCGUUGAUUCGAAUGAGCGCAUAUUUGAGAUGAAGCACCAAGGGAGCUACUUCUCCAGAGGUGGCAAUCAAGGUAACUUCCGUGAUCGUCAGAAUUAUAACAGACAGGGACAGGAUUGGGGUCGUCAGAGGCGUGAUCGUGAUCGUAACCGUGAAGAGAACAGGAAUUAUUGAAUUUCAUAAGUAAAGGAAUUCCACAAGAAUAAUGACAUUGGCGAUGAAUAAAUCAAUGUUUUUAUUCAAUGAAAAUGUAUUUAUUCAUUUAAUUACAAAUUUUACAUCCAUUAUUUUAUAAAUCUGUUUAAUAAAAAUAUCUUUUUUUCUCUACAGUUAAGUAUUAAAAAAAUAGCAUAUUAUUUGAAUAAAAUAAACUAGUUUUUUCUUUAAUAUAAAUUUUUUUCAUAAAAAAUAAAUAAAAUUAUAUAUACAUUUAUACAGCAAAAAAUGUACACAAUAACGUCAUUCUCAGAAGAUUUUUGAAAUCUUAGCAUAUAUGUCUAAUCAGGCGUUCUGUAGACUCUCAAUGAUUUUAGUACCUGUUAAAAUACAGUCUGAUGUUAAAACUAA